AUGAGAUACCAAUGGCGUCUUCUUAACCAACUUCUCCGUUUUCGAUACCGCAUUCCCAAUCACUCUCAGGUACUUCCCUCUUCCUCUUCCAUUUCCCGCCGCUUCACUGUAAAUUCCUCGUUCCCGUUAAACCCUAGCUUCCGUCGUUUUUCUUCCGAACCUGUUCUCGCACUCUCCGAUACCGACCACGUCCUCGUCGCCGACAUUUUUUCCCAACCAAUCGAUUCUGACGACGUGAAAAACCUCCUGGAGUCGAAUCGCGUUUCGAUUACACACGACGCUGUCCUCGCGAUUCUUGGGAAGCUCGAUUCCAACGUCGACGCGGCGCGGAGGUUCUUCCAAUGGGUUUCGGAGAACCACCCCGAGAAGUUGAGCUCCAAGUGCUACAACUCGAUGCUGCGCGUUUUGGGGACCAAUGGUUUGGUUCACGAGUUUUGGGAGUUGGUCGAUUUAAUGAAGAAAAAAGGGUACGGGGUUUCCAAAGGUGUGAAGGAGAGAGUGUUGGAGUGUUUUGAGAACAGUGGAAUGAAUGGUGACGUGGCGAAGUUGAAGGGUUUGUUUGAUAAAUCGAAUGAGAAGAACUGGACAAUAGUGAGUAGGAUUGUGAGGAACAAUGUGUGGAGUGAUGAUGUCGAGAGACAGAUUAAGGACUUGAAUGUUGGGUUCUCCGGAGAUAUUGUUAAGAUGGUUUUGGAGGGAUUGGCAUCAGAGCCGACGAAGGCGCUGAUAUUUUUCCGGUGGUUGGAGGAGAGUGGGAUGUUUAAGCAUAAUGGGGGAACUUACAAUGCAAUGGCGAGGGUGUUGGGAAGGGAGGACUCGAUUGAUAGGUUUUGGAAGCUGGUUGGUGACAUGAGGAGUGCUGGGUUUGAGAUGGAGGUUGAGACCUUUGUUAAGGUUUUGGGGAGGUUUUGUAAGAGGAGAAUGGUGAAGGAUUCUGUUGAGCUUUAUGAUUUUGCUAUGGCUGGUGCAAAUAAGCCUUCGGUUCAGUGCUGUGUCUUUCUGUUGAGGAAGGUUGCUUCUGGGAAAGAGCUGGAUAUGGAUUUGUUUUCAAGGGUUUUGAAGGUUUUUACCGGAAGUGGGAAUGCAUUGACUGAUUCUAUGGCUUAUGCUGUGCUGAAGUCUUUGACCAGCGUUGGUAGGACUGGAGAGUGGAACAAGGUUUUGAAAGAAAUGGAAGAUUGUGGGUUUGUUGCUGGUGGUAAUUUACAGAGUAAAAUUGCUUUUAGACUUAGUGCUUCUGGUAACAGGGAACAAGCUCAUGAGUUCGUGAAUAGAAUUGAAGCAUCUGGGUGUAAUGCAGAUCGCAAGACAUGGGAAUCUUUGAUUGAGGGGCACUGUGUCGCUGGGAACCUUGAUAAAGCUUUUGAUUCUUUUAAAGAAAUGGUUGAGAAAGAGGGGAUCACUUCAGCAGGCUAUGCUUUUGAACUUUUAAUGAGUUCAUUUUGUCAAUCGAAUAGGGCAAUUGAUGCAUGUAAGAUUCUUUGCCGGCUGGUGGAUGAAAAACAGCUAAAGCCCUGGCAUUCUACUUACAAGCUGUUGGUUACUAAGUUACUGGUUCAGGGAGGGUUUGCGCAUGCUUUGACUAUUUUGGGAUUAAUGAGAACUCAUGGAUUUCCACCUUUUACUGAUCCAUUUAUUGAACACUUGUCAAAGAGUGGAAGCGGCGAAGAUGCAAUAGUGUUUCUCAAGGCAAUGACUUCAAAGAGGUUUCCGUCCACAUCUGUGUUUCUUCGUAUGUUUGAAGCCUAUUUCAAGCACGGCAGGCAUGAAGAAGCACAGAAUUUCCUCUCUAAAUGUCCACGGUACAUUCGAAAUCAUGCAGAUGUCUUGAAUCUCUUUUGUUCCAUGAACUCUAAAGAAGCUGCUUCUUCUGGUAUGUUGACUGCUUAA